GUGAAUAAACAUAAGGGUAAAGGAAGUACUUGGUGGGGUAUAGCAAAAGUAGGUGAACCGAAUAAUCUAUCACCAAUAUCACCUGGAUUAUUAUUUAUGGAUCCAUCAGUACAUUCCACUUUACGACGAAAACAACGUCGUCUAGCGCGUGAAAAUCCAGGAGCACUAGUUGCUGUUGCCAAAGGUGCUAAUAUGGCAAUUAUAGAAUGCCAACAUCAAUUUCGUAACCGUCGUUGGAAUUGUUCGACGCGUAAUUUUCAACGUGGCAAAAAUUUAUUUGGGAAAAUUGUUGACAAAGGUUGUCGUGAAACAGCUUUUGUCUACGCGAUAAUGAGUGCAGCCGUAGUACAUUCCGUAGCAAGAGCUUGCAGUGAGGGCUCUAUUGAAUCAUGUACGUGCGACUAUAGUCAUCAAGCUCGAUCACCUAAAAUGAUAACAAGUAGUGGUGGAGUCGUACAUCAAAAUGGUGUACGUAAUUGGGAAUGGGGUGGAUGUUCGGAUAAUAUUGGUUACGGAUUGAAAUUUUCACGGGAAUUUGUCGAUGUUGGAGAAAGAGGACGUAAUUUACGUGAGAAAAUGAACUUACAUAAUAAUGAAGCCGGUCGAGCGCAUGUUGUGGCUGGAAUGCGCCAAGAAUGUAAAUGUCAUGGAAUGUCCGGAUCUUGCACGAUCAAAACAUGUUGGAUGCGUUUACCAAGCUUCCGUCAAAUUGGUGAUCAAUUAAAAGAUCGUUUCGAUGGUGCAUCCCGUGUAAUGGUAAGCAAUGCUGGUAAUCAACGUGGUGGAGGCGGUGGAAAUAUUGUUAAUAAUGCAGCACAUCAAACACACAACACAAUGAAUAACAUGAACAGUAUUAAUGAUAAUUCAAUUCAUGCACCACAUUCAAAUCGUAUUCAUCAUCGUAGUACAAAUCAAAAUAUGAAUAAACGUAAUCGUUAUAAUUUCCAACUAAAACCAUCAAAUCCAGAGCAUAAACCACCGGGUAAAAAAGAUUUAGUAUACUUAGAAGCAUCCCCCAACUUCUGUGAACGUAAUCCACGAUUAGGUACAUUAGGUACGCAUGGCCGUCAAUGUAACGAAUCGUCGAUUGGCGUUGAUGGCUGCGAUUUAAUGUGUUGCGGUCGAGGAUAUCGAACCCAAGAGGUAACAGUUGUUGAACGUUGUCAAUGUAUAUUUCAUUGGUGCUGUGAGGUUAAGUGUAAAUCAUGUCGAAUUAAAAAAACAAUUAAUACAUGUUUAUAA